UUUUUAGGUCAGUAAGAUCAGUGACAAAAAGAGAACAGGAAAGACCGAGGCUUGCGAUCCCUCGAAAUACCAUCUGCAGCCCUCCCUGCCUCUCCCCCUUUCUCUCCCAAAAUCAUUUUUAGCAGGGACAAAGAGAAAACAAUUACUGUUAUCUCAACCAUGAGUGACGUAACAGCUGAAGAACCAAAGCCCAAAACUCCUGGAACUGAUCAAAAUACAGCUCCACCUGUUCCAGGAGAAACGGAGAGGAAAGUAUUAGCAACCAAAGUCCAAGGAACUGUGAAAUGGUUCAAUGUAAGAAAUGGCUAUGGAUUUAUAAACCGGAAUGACACUAAAGAGGAUGUGUUUGUACAUCAGACAGCGAUCAAGAAGAACAAUCCUCGCAAGUACCUGCGGAGUGUAGGGGAUGGAGAGGUGGUGGAGUUUGAUGUUGUUGCUGGGGAAAAGGGGGCUGAAGCAGCUAAUGUAACUGGCCCUAAAGGAGCACCAGUACAAGGCAGUCGUUAUGCUGCAGACCGCCGUAGAUAUCGCCGUGGUUACUAUGGCCGUAGGAGAGGACCUCCACGGGAGGGAGGCGAAGGUGAGAUCAAAGAGGGAUUACCAGAUGCUCCUCAAACUCAGCCACCCAUUCGUCAAUCUGCUAACUACCGUCCAAGAUAUCGCCGGCCUGUGCCUCAACCAAGAACUCUUCCACCUACCGGAGAAAAUGAAAAUAAGGAGAACCAGUAUGAGGCAGGGGCUCUAGACCAGCAACAAAAUCGCCGUGGCUUCAGAAGACCAUACAACUACCGACGUAGACCGAACCAAGCAGGUGUUCCAACACAGGGAAGCAAGGAGCCAACUAAGCUGGCUGAAACUCCAGCAGAGAAGCCUGUGCCAGUGGGUGAGAAAAGCAAUGCUUCAUAAUCCCAUCCAUCAGACACAAAGUGAGCUGAGAAAAGACCGACAUCAGAAGUGGCCAGAAACCUUCACUAUUUUUUUGAAAAUGCUACAGUUGCUGAAUAAUUGAGAGGGAUCUGAAACAAUUAUGUCUACUUGCUGCAGAGUUUGUGUGACCAAACUUUACACAAAGUUGUCUUUAAACUAAAUGUGAAGGGACGUCCAUCGUUUCAAAUACUUUGAAAUCAAAGGAAAUUAGAGUUGCAACAAAUAUAUAAAUGAAAAGUAUAGAAAAUAUGAAAUUAGAUAUAAUUAGUAUCUUGAUUUGAAAGGUUUCACAAUAUCACCAAUUUAUACAGCACAUAAGCAUGACAAUGUGAGCUAUAUUUAAAAAAUGUAAGCAUUUUAGCUAGUGCAGCAACUUUUAAUCCCUCUUAGAGCAAAACAGGUUAAGUACUGUUUUACCAGCAAUGAACCGACCUGAAACUAAAACACCAUUUAGCUGUUGCAGAUCUGAUGACAUCAUGGCCCAUUUUUGACCUUGGUUCACAGAUACAUUAUUGGUGUGCUUGCUUUUUUCACAAGCCAAGUAGAGUGCACAGACAUUUGUUGACGUGAAAGAACAUAAAAGUCUGAAUGAAAAGAA